UCUUCUCGAGUGGUCAUUUCUUUUGCAAGUGUUAAAUAAAUCAAACGAAAAAGUAAGAAAAUGAGUUCCGAAGGAUUUAAUAAGUUUUCAAGUGUAUCAAAAAUUUUAUUCUCUGAUCGUGGAGAUAAUGCAAUCAAUUUGGCUGUUGAUGCUUUUGUUCAAAUGAUGUUGCAAAGAAAAUCUGUGACUGAGUUAAUCGAACUCUUGCAUUCCAAGCAAAAUUGUGAACUAUAUAACGACAUUCUAAAGACAUUAAAGGAACUAGUGAAGAAAGGUGUAAAAUUACCACCAAGUGAAAAAAAGAAAUUCAUAAUGAGCAUUAGGAACUUUACUGAUGAUGCUCUGAGUGAACAAGCUUAUGAAAUUCUUUCUAAUGAAGAGGCUAUCGAUGAUAGUAGUGAACCUGCCCCCAAGAGGCGCAAAAUUGAUCAGGAUGCCACAGCAAAUCAUGAUAUAAAAGUGCCAAUGGAUGCUUAUGCCGAAGAUAAAGAUGAUGAUCAAUCAAACGGUCAAUUGCAUAUACAAAGUGGUGUAGGAAGACAAUCAAAUGUAUCAGAUGAUUUGGUUAUUCAUGAUGAUUCGGCCAAUAUGGUUAAAAUUCUCAACAAAUCGCGAAAUUAUAGCGAAUUUUUCAAAAUCACACAGCUUAUUAUCAAUUUCCGUUUGAACAAACCAAAAGACACAUCAAUUGAAAAAUGGAUGGAAAACGGAUUUGAUGCUGUCAUUGAGGAAAUUCGGAAGGACUCCAAAUCAAAUGCCGACCGUGUGAUCCUUAAGAUAUUCGUAACAGAAGAACCCACUGAAAAGGCCAUUUAUAUAGGAAUGAGACCCCUGGAUGCACUCACCUCUCACAUAAUUCUCGAAUAUAUGGAAAAGGUCCAUCAGAGUACCGAACUGUUUCACUCAUCCGAGGUCCUACAAGUGAGAGCAUACUUGUUUCACCCUAUGGAGGGGCGAGGGAGACAACAUAAUCCUGCAGGAAUGGGAAUUGAUGAUAUUGGUUAUUUCAAACAAAAGAGUAUCAUCGACAUCAACAUCGGAGAGAGUUGCCUUCCAAUAUCUUUAAUAAUUGGUAAGUGCCUUUUACUUGAUGGGUCUGAAGCUGAUGCAAAAAUUUUAAACUACAAGAGAUCAAAGGGUACCUUAAAACUUGAUGCACGUAGAUUUGUCCUUGAUCACGGUAUGAAAAUCUCUUCAGAUGGAACGUAUAACUUAGAACUUAUACAUAAAUUUGUUAAAAAAGUAUCAUAUCUGUAUAGAGUAGUAAUUUACAAUGAUUUACAUAAUUUCAAAAGUAUUCUACUAUCUACCAAGAAAACUUCUGAGAACCAAAAUCAAACAAUUAAUUUAUUUUACUUUGAGGAUCAAACUAAAAAUGUGAAGCAUUUCUUUUGUAUCAAGAAUCUUAAGGGAUUUUUUAAUUUUAAGUUUCAGUGUAAUUACUGUGAUCAUCUGUACAACAAAACUCACAUUUGCCCCGAAAAAUGUAGGUUUUGCAACAAUAAUCCUCCAUGUCUCAAUGUCCCUGAAAUGAUUGAUUGCUUAAAUUGCAAUCGCAGAUUCCUUGGAGAAUCCUGCCUCUAUUUUCAUAUUGAAAAUGGAACAUGUAAUGAAGUCAAAAUGUGCAAGAAUUGUGACAAAAUUUACAAGACUUGUGAACCUCACCAAUGUUUCACAACACUUUGUAAUAUUUGUUACAAACAAGUUACAAGUCCUCAUUACUGUUUCAUUCAACCUCUAAAAAGGAAAGCCCCUAAUGAAUUUUCAUUAAUUUUCUAUGAUUUUGAGUGCGAACUUGUAGACAGGGGAAAUGGAUAUUCUGAUCAUAUUCCAAAUUUGUGUGUAGCACAUGAAGUUUGUCAUUUAUGUGCAAAAUCUGCAGAGUCUAAUUCUGAAUGUCCAAAUUGUAAUCCAUCGGUCAAAAUUUUUGAAAAUGAUGAUUCCGGAUCAUCUUGUACAGAAAUGAUAAAUACUGAUCGUUGCACACACUCUGACGAUGAGAGAUCCCUUACCGGAUUCUGGUCGUUAGAUGAAAUCCGAAUGGCUGCCAGUCACGGUUACACUGUUAUUAAAGCUUUCGAGGUUUGGUCCUACCAGACUGUGCAGUACAAUCGGGACACUAACGAAAGGGGUCUCUUUGCCGAUUUUGUGGAUAAUUUCCUCAAAAUUAAACAGGAAUCAAGCGGAUGGCCAUCAGGAAUAGAAUCUGAUGAAGCAAAAGAGGAAUAUAUCCGCGAAUAUUUAGAAAAGGAAGGGAUACAAUUGGAUAAGGAAAAAAUCUGUGUUAAUAAAGGGUUGCGAUUGCUUACCAAACUG